UUUUGAAUCCUACGAUGUUGUUUAUAUUUUCACUAGCGUUAAGCAUAGUUCCUACUUUUGCUGGUAUAGCUGGUUAUGGUGGGUAUGGAAGUCACGCUACAGGAGUCAGUUACUCAGCUCCAGCAGUAUCAUAUUCCCCUAGUGGUCAUGCGGGUUAUGGUGUAGGUCAUGGAUUAAAUCAUGCAGGUCCAAUUCCUGUUGUUGUAGGUAAUGGACACGAAGUUGAUUAUUAUGCUCAUCCAAAAUAUUCCUAUAACUACGGUGUAGCUGAUGGUCUGACCGGUGAUCAUAAAUCACAAUCGGAAAUCAGAGAUGGUGGUAAUGUUAAAGGUACUUAUUCAGUUGUGGAACCCGAUGGAUCAGUUCGAGUUGUCGACUACGCUGCUGACGAUGUCAAUGGAUUUAACGCAGUGGUUAAGAAAAUUGGUCCGUCAUUACAUGCUGCUCCGGCUCCAGUUCCAAUAGCUUCUGCUCCAAUUCCUCUUGGAUAUAGUCAUGACGGUGGUUAUGGGCAUGGAUAUGGAAACCACGGUGCACAUUAUUAGAAUUUAAUUAGAUGUUUAUAUGCUUGGGAAGA